AUGGAGGCACUAGAAAAAAAUGACUUGUUCGAAAAGGAACGUCCCUCCAUUGAACAAGCGGAAAAUUAUCAGGUUUCGUUCACCCCUGAAGAGCAAAAACGAAUCCUAAGAAAGGUGGACUGGCGCCUUGUUCCGCUCUUGUCUUUUCUAUAUCUCGUGUCCUUUAUUGACCGAGGGAACUUGGGCAAUGCCAAAGUUGCUGGACUAGGGAAAGAUCUCCAUCUCUCAGGAACACAGUACAACAUAGCUGUCACGUUAUUUUUCAUCCCCUAUUCAUUACUGGAAGUUCCGAGCAAUGUCAUCCUCAAGCUUACCAGACCAUCCAUAUGGAUCUCCUUGAUGAUGUUUUCUUGGGGACUAGUUAUUACUUUGACCGGAAUUGUUCAAAACUUUUCUGGACUUUUGGCCAUUCGUAUUUUUCUCGGCGUUGCAGAGGCUGGGUUCUUUCCCGCAGCAACCUAUCUCCUUACUGUCUGGUACACGCGUUACGAAGUCCAAUCUCGAAUGGUAUUCUUCUACGCUGCAGUAUCAUUGGCCGGAGCAUUUUCAGGUCUACUCGCAUUUGGAAUCCAAAAGAUGGAUGGAGUCGCAGGAUUGCAAGGCUGGAGAUGGAUCUUCAUCUUGGAAGGCAUUUUUACCGUUUUCCUUUCAUUUUUCAUCUGGUCUCUGCUCCCCGACAGCCCUAACACGGCGCCUUUUCUAACUACUGAAGAACGGGAGUUCAUCGUCUUGAGGUUAGAACAGGACACAGGUUCCGGCCGAGGCAGGGUCACAAAUAAUGAUAAAGUCAACAAACGACAAGUUAUCGCUGGUCUCACAGACUGGAAAGUGUGGGCAGCUGUGUUCAUGUAUUGGGCUACUAGUAUCUCCUCCUACGGCUUCACCUAUACAGUUCCUACAGUAAUUCUCGAACUGGGAUACACCGCUGCAGAUGCCCAACUCCUUACAGUUCCAAUCUAUGUCGUUGCCAUGAUAUUCACCGUCAUCAACGCCAUGGUUUCGGAUCACUACCGGCAGAGAACUCCAUUCAUACUUCUAGGAGUUUCGGUAGGAAUAGCCGGGUUCACGGCUCUAUUAGCAAUUCCCCACCCGCAGCUCCCAGGAUUGACAUAUGGCAUGCUGUUUCUCGCGACAUCUGGAAUUUAUAUGUCGCUGGUCCCUACUCUAUGCUUUGUCGCAAACAAUCUCGCACCUUCCUCCAAAAGAGCUGUCGGCAUGGCCCAUCUCAUCUGUAUGGGAAAUCUUGGUGGCAUUGCAGGCUCUAAUAUCUUUCUCGCACAAGAAGCGCCUCACUAUUGGACAGGCUAUGGCUUCAUCUUGGGAAUCGACUGUGCGGCGUUUGUCACAUGCUUAAUCCUUCGCUAUGCGUUGAAGAGAAUCAAUGCACAGCGCGAUCAAAUGACGGAAGAAGAUAUCAGGGAGAAGUACGGUGAUGUUGAUUUAUUGGAGCUGGGAGAUCGCAGCCCAUACUUUAGAUAUACUUUGUAA